GACUAUCUUCUGUCGUCUGCAAUCACGUGUCCAUGUAACUGUCCAAACUGAACACAAAAUAUUCAAAGAAAAUGGAGGAAGUGCCACCAAGUGUUCUCGCUAAUGAUAAAGUUAGCGAGCAAGUUGUGGUUUCACGAGCCAAUCCUGAGCGAAAGGUUUACAAUGCCGCGGCUGGGAAGAUUAGAGUCAUAAACCAAAUUCCUGAUGAUAUACUGAACGACAAAAAGCUAGCGCUUGCCAUAGAGCUUCUUCCGAGCAACUAUUCCUUCGAAAUUCAUAAGACGGUGUGGAAAAUCCGUCAAGCUGGAGCAAAAAGAAUUGCUUUGCAAAUGCCAGAAGGAUUACUUAUGUUUGCACUGACAAUUUCAGACAUUAUAGAGGAGUUUUGUCAAGCUGAGACUGUGAUUAUGGGAGAUGUUACUUAUGGGGCUUGUUGUGUUGAUGACCGAACUGCCAUAGCGCUAGGAGCUGACUUCAUGAUUCACUAUGGACAUUCAUGUCUAAUUCCAGUUGGUCAAACCAGUGGAAUCAAAAUGCUCUAUAUUUUUGUGGAUAUAAAAUUUGAUUCACAACAUUUUAUAGAAACAAUCAAGUUUAAUUUUGACAAAGAAACCCGAAUGUCAUUUGUUAGUACUAUUCAGUUUGUGGCCUCACUACAAAAUCUGGUGAUGCAUUUGAAGGGGGAAGGAUAUGUGGCUAGUACUCCUAAAUCUUCACCAUUAUCACCUGGAGAAAUCCUGGGCUGUACCUCUCCUUCAAUAGACACAGAUGUUAUCAUUUAUCUUGGAGAUGGUAGAUUUCAUCUGGAGUCUGCAAUGAUAGCAAAUCCAAAAUGCAAAGCUUACAAGUAUGAUCCCUACAGUAAGGAAUUCACCCAGGAGUUUUAUGAUCAUAAUCAGAUGAAAGCUAACAGACAAACAGCUAUUAGUACAGCAGCCAAAGCUUCUAGAUUUGGUUUGAUAUUAGGGACACUGGGCCGGCAAGGAAGUCCCAGAGUAUUGCAGGAGAUAAAAGAGAAGAUGCUAAAAUCGAACAAGGAGUUUGUUACUGUGCUGAUGUCAGAAAUUUUCCCAGCCAAACUAGCGCUUAUGCCUAGUGUGGAUGCUUGGGUUCAAAUUGCAUGCCCACGACUGUCAAUCGACUGGGGUCUUGCUUUUGCCAAACCCCUUCUUACGCCUUACGAAAUCAAUGUGACCCUCAAAGAUGUAGAAUGGAAGGAUACUUAUCCAAUGGACUUCUACGCUUAUGAUAGUCUUGGGGCUUGGACGCCUAAUUUCAAACCAAAGUGUGAAAAGAAACAAACAUCAGACAGAAAAUUUCUUCUCGUUUCUCGCCUAUUGCAUCAUCCUAACAAUAGAGAAAUUAUAGCGACCCUAAUCCCUUUCCUUAACAAUGCCGUUUUGCUCACACUCCCUUCUAAUUUCCUUGCCAUCCACGCCUUUUUUUAUGCCCGUGCCCUUGACACCCAUUCUUCCAUGCCUACGAGAAUUCAUCUUAUGCAACUGAUUAUUCAAAUUCUUUGCAGAUGCAGCCUAUUCAUUUACAAUUCAGAUGUCUCCGGAAACGGAUAAUGGGUUAGAAACAAAUUGUUAUUCAAGCUCGUAAUUGAACAGAAGGUACAAUGGCUAAAUAAUCGAAUUUUUUUUCUGCCUUCGGUACUCGACUUCCUCUUAUUCAAGGUCGGGGUUCGAGUUGUGAUACGGUAGGUUUUUUUGUUUUGUUAUUUUUUUGCUUUUUUUUAAAAAUAGGGAUUCUGUGCCUGCCCUCCUGAUGGGAAUUCUGUCUAGACAAAAAGGAACCCCCAAUGGUACGACCUAAGAGACCUCCCCAAAUUUAAAAAAUCCAAACCAAAAAAGCUGGUAACUUUCUGCUUAAGAGUAUCACGAUGAUUUCUCCUAAUUGCUUUUUGCGGAUGAAGCAAGGUUUCUUUCCUUUUAUUCCAAUUUUUGUACGAUUGACCGCCAUACGGAGCUGUGAUCAUGUACAAAGAGGGAAUUCUUUUUAAAUUAGAUCGGCAAUCCCAAUGGAAACAACAUGGACGAUCAGCGCUGCUCGCUGGCCGUCGUCGGUAAACAGGAGAGUUGUUCUGAUCUUGAUCUCGACUGAAUCACAUAAUCAUUUGGUAUGCUUACCAUAUGCAAGCCAAUACCAAAAUAAAAUAAAAUAAAAAGAAGAUACUGUAGGUGUGCAUCCUACCCGAA